GUGCUACUGCAAUUGAGGAUAAAUUACAGGAGGGUGUUCCAGAAAUAAUUCGUACACUUCAACAAGCUGGAAUUAAAAUUUGGGUCCUUAUUAGUGAUAGGCAAGAAACUGCUAUAAAUAUUGGACUUAAGAAAAGUAUUCAAUCGCUUAAAGGUCGAAUUAAUCCAGAUGUUGAAGAAAUUGAAGAGGUUUUUCUUGAGCUUGCAACUAUGUGCAAAGCAGUUAUAUGCUGCAGAGUGUCACCACUCCAAAAAGCACUUGUUGUAAAACUAGUGAAACGUCAUCUUAAAGCCAUUCUUUUAGCUAUUGGUAAUGGUGCAAAUGACGCCCAAUGA